UUUAAACAUUUUUACAUGUCAACCGGUAAGGAAAACGCAUUUGGUUUAUAGGUCAAGUUUGUUCGCUCGCUGACUAACUUGGUUCAUGCGGAAACAAGAAAAGACGACGACGUCUUCUAGUUAACAAACAAAGCUAGUAGCAUGGCUUCUUAGCUGUGUGUAAACUAACGCAAUGUCAACUAAUAACCUUCCACCGGUGCAGCAUUUACCGCAGUGGACCCGAGUAGGGCGCCUUGGGAAGUCUUCCUCUCCAAGGCGUUUACGUUCGAGCCAACUGCCGCCGCUUCCUGUUGUUCCGUCGAUGGACAGAGACAGAGGAACGGGGAGAGCCGCGGAGGUGUCCUAUCACGGCGACAUGGACCCCCGCGUCGCAUCAAUGCAGAGAAAUGUCGAGUUCCUUCAACAACAACACAAGGAAACUCUUGAGAAGCUCCAUGCAGAGAUAGAGUAUCUCAGACGGGAGAAUAAAGAGUUGCAGUAUAAGCUGAUAAUGGAGCCUCCUAAAACAAAUAAAAAAGGAGCAACACGCAUUCAUCGAGGCAUUAGACCACCCACUCAGGGAAGUGAAGCCCAUGCAGGACUUUACCUGGAAGAGCCCCUGCAGGACCUGCGAUCCUCACAGGACCGAGCACUGAGCAAUGGAGAUAGCAGUGAAGUUUUCAGAUCUGCAAGAACAGACCAUGGUCCAGAGGUAAAGGGGGGCCUCAUCACCUCAUUACAGCCUUUGCGAAUCCACAGUGGGCCCUCUCAUCCACCACGUGCUCCCACACUUCAAGAGUGUGAGGUUAUCAUUCGUCAGCUCUACAAUGCCAACAGUUUACAGUCUCAGGAGAUAAUGCGAGUGAAGGCACUGCUUAGAGACAUUGUUUUGAGCAAAAAAAUCACUCCUGAAAACUUCAUUCUGACAAAGGCCUACCUUGUUGACGGUACCAGUAAAUCAUGUGAAGAAAAACCAUUACCAAGACUGGGGAUUCAAACAUUUCCAGAAAAAGCGGCUGGAUCGUCUCAGUCUGGUGUAGUCCUCCCAGCCCUCAAACCAAACCUUAGCUCCACGAUUGCAGAGAGGCAGAGGAGGACCCGAGCUGUGCAGAGAGACCGGCUCAAAAGGGCUGUGCACUGACAGAGUCAGUGCUAUCAAUGCAAUACCUCAAUGCAUCUCAGGACCACAACUUUUUCAAAACUAUUUUAAAAUAUAUUAGUCAGGAUAGGUGAUAUAUGUUAAGUAUUUUUAAUAUGUCUGUGGGUAUAGAAGUAUACUCAUUUUGCACAGAAAUACAAGAAAGCAUUGCACUAGGUGGAAUAAACCUGUUUUAUUUUUUUCACAAACAGUGCGCUUAGGACAGUCAAGCUGCUAUAUGUAGUUUGUUUAAUGACUUUAGCUUUACUUUCAGUCCACAAUCUUUUUGCAGAAAUGAUUGCAAAAUUGUUUUAAGCCACAUCACUUUAUACACAUAUAAAACUACUGAAACUUAUACAGCACUAAAACCAAAGUGAAGUAAAGAUUUGUCCCAGGCACUUGUACUGGUUUGUAUUUACACUUUAUGUAGCGGUAUAAUACUUUAACUGGGUAAAUGUUACCUGUCUUUCUCAACAAGGCAACAUAAAACUUUGUCUUAAGACAAAAUAGCACUGUCUUUGUGGUUAUUUCUUGAACCACACCAAUAUCCCUAAAACAUUGUUCCCCAUAACUGUUUAUUUUAUCAAAUAAG